CGCCGAAUGGUGUUGGGCGAAGUAAUUUCGACUGAAACGAAGUAUUUAAAUCAGCUGCAGGUUAUUGAGGAGUACAACGUGGCCCUCCGUGCGACCGAUGUUUUAGCCGAGGAGCUAAUGGAUAUUAUAAUACCCGAAUGUGUAGAUCAACUAAUCGCUGGCCACACUGGGCUUUUGCAAGCCUUCGAAACAUGUGCUAUUGUCAACGAUGGACAGCAAGUCAGCCUAAUUGGCAAUGAAUUUCGCUCGGACUCUUCUG